AUUUCCCGAUAUGGCGUCAUGUCAACUGUCAGAAAAGUGACAAAUGGCAAACCAUUAUGAGGUGCCAAAUUGGGCCGGUAAGCCCCCAGUGGGUUUACAUUUGGACGUGUUGAAGGGCGACAAACUGAUCCAGAAAUUGAUGAUCGACGACAAAAAGUGUUACUUAUUUGGGCGUAACGCCCAAAUGAACGAUUUCUGCAUCGAUCAUGCGUCUUGUUCUCGGGUCCAUGCAGCCCUCGUUUGGCACAAACACCUAAAUCGGGCAUUUUUGGUGGACUUGGGGAGCACCCAUGGCACCUUCAUAGGAUCAUUAAGACUUGAGGCGUAUAAACCCACUCAGUUGCCUAUUGAUUCUAGUUUUCACUUUGGGGCGUCGACGCGAAAUUACACGAUCAGGGAGCGCCCCCAGACGGGCAUGCGGCCGAUCAUUGACGAGAUCGAGAAGGCGGGCGAGGAGACCGAGGGCGGAUUACUAGGCCUCCCAGAGACAGAAACCGAACUCGAUAAUCUGACGGAGUUUAACACCGCCCACAACCGGAGGAUUUCCAUGCUGGGGAUCACCGACGACACGGAAAAACGCAACACAAACCGGAAACGGAAACGUCAAGUUGUCUCCUUCAACGAAGACGAGGAAAUUAUCAACCCUGAAGACGUCGACCCCAGUAUAGGGAAAUUCCGAAACUUGGUCCAAACCACUGUUGUCCCUUCCACUGUCAAAAGGGCCAAAUUCGCCGCUGACAGCAUCGGGAUCCCCACCGAAUACAAAAAUCCCAAACACUCCGCCCCCGACCUGUACACAGACCUGCCCCCCGAAUCCCACUCCCCCAGCAGUUCGGGGAAUUUAAGCAUUUACAGUUCACUCAGUUCACGCCUCGGGAUGGUUCUACCCAAUCCGGCGCCCGAUGUCGACAUGGGACAAAACUUCGCCCCGCCCACUCCCUUUGUCCCGCCCCAAGUACAAAUCGCAGACGCGAUGGAGCCCAAGAAGAAGAAGUACGCCAAGGAGGCGUGGCCUGGCAAGAAGCCCACUCAAACGCUAUUGGUGUAAAAGUAGGUAUAAGGUUUUGAUGUAAAAUUUCCUCAACUAUGAAAUAAAAAAAUCAUUAUUAAAAGAAUUACUUCGCCCCGCCCA